UCGACCGAUUGACAUACGUCAAGUGGGGUUGUUGCAAAUUGUUUGACUGAAAAUGUAUUUAAAAAAAUAUGAAACAUUUUAAGCUGUUUAAGAAUAUUUUCGCGAUGGUCGUGUUCCUUACUGUUUUGUGGUUAUUAUUUACUUGGGGAAAUGUGGGGAUAUUGAGUUUACAUGCCAAUGAUCCUCUCAGCAUUCCCGUGGCUGUGAGAAACAAGCUGUGCUCGGUGAAGUUGUCGGAUGGGCGCUCGCACCUGUCUCAAAGUGGCCGCAUGAUCUACUACGUCACGCCCACCUACCCUCGCCCUGAACAAGUGCCAGAGUUGACCCGUCUCGCUCACACACUCAUGCACGUUCCUCGUCUGCAUUGGAUUGUAGCUGAUGAUCAGCCAAUUUGCUCGGAACUAGUGGGAAAUAUUCUUAAGCGCACCAGACUGCCGUUUACUCACAUAUCCAGCCCAAAACCCUUCAUCUACAAGAGCAGCAACUUCCCCCGCGGAGUGGCCAACCGGCGGGCUGCUCUCGAUUGGCUCCACGAGAACGUGUCUGAAGGGGUGUUGUACUUCGGAGACGACGAUAACACGGUGGACCUGCGGCUGUUCGACGAGAUCAGGAACACUGAGAAGGUGUCCAUGUUCCCAGUGGGACUGAUAGGCGACUACGGCGUGUCCUCCCCCGUCGUCAAAGACGGAAAGGUGGUGGGUUUCUAUGAUUCCUGGCCGGGUGCUCGGUCGUUCCCGGUGGACAUGGCGGGCUUCGCGGUCAAUGUGGCGAUGCUGCGUGAAGGAGCCACUAUGCCGUUCGUGGCCGGCCACGAGGAGGACGGCUUCCUCCGCAGCCUGGCCGUCGAGCUGGCGGACAUUCAGCCCCUCGCUAAGAACUGCACCAAGAUAUUGGUCUGGCAUACCAAGACCGUGAAACAUAAGAAACCCACCGUCAAGGUGGACCUCGACAAGCUGAAGAAUACAGGACGGUACCACAACCUCGCCAGCUUGCUCAGAGAGACGUCGUACAUGGGCAUGGCGGAGACCAGUGCAGAUUCCGGGAUCAAAUCGUUUAUAACCAGCAACAGGAAGACCUUUCAAGCUCUCACCGAUUUCUGAAUCACACUCUCGUCUACUAUUUGGCUUCUAGUCACAUUUUAUUCAGAGGUAACAUGUAUUUGUCAAUGUCGUGGCAGCAUUCACAUUUAAUUGUCUACCAGCGAGUAGAGUUGCAUCCUUAAUUAAUUUUUACUGUCUCAUAUUAUGUAAUUUAUAUAUUUUCAUACCGGUGGCGUGCACGGAGAUGUGGGUGGGACAAGAGGAAUAUGCUUGAAAAAAAAUAAACCAAUUUUCAUCAUCUCCUCUUCUAAAACAUUGAGAAUAAUGAGGUCUUUCGCAAGUAUUCGUUUAAAUUAAACUAAUAUUUUCGGAUCACUACGCGUAAUUUAUAAUUAUUAUGCAGGCGAGAUGUCCGCAGUGAUCAGGGUUGCUGCUGAGUAAUCCGAAUGUCGGGAGCAUGCAAUCCGGAAAAAUUAGUUUCAUUUAGACAUUGAUAAUAUUCACGCGUAAAGUACAAAUGAAUGUAAUGAAUCUCGAUUACCUCUGAGCUACGAAAGUACCUUAAAACGACUACGAUCUGUUCAUCAGCGCUUUAAAAAGUUAUUUCAAUCAGAAUAUCCGGUGGAGAUCCAAAUAUUCUUAUUAUUAAUAUUAAAAAACAACGGACAAAUUUUCCAUAAUUCGCUAGCCGUUAGCAGCGGCCGAUCGAAAAUGUUUCGUUUUUACAUUGAUAGAUGGCACUUUUAACAAAUCGUCAAUCAAAUGUCAUUUUAAAUGUUUGUAAACAUUUGUAUCUCAUUAAGUAAGUAAGUAAGAAUUAAACAAUAUAGGUUUAGUUGUUAUACGGGUAGGGCAGGCAGUGCUUAUUUGCAUCUGCGGUGUGCACGCCACUGCUCAUUCAACGACGGUGGUUAAAGCGAGUGCUAGUUCCAGUUAUUCCAGUUCCGCGACAAAAUCAUAUAAGUCAGUGACGAACGUUUAGCGGAGAUUUAGUUUGAGACAAUAAUUGAUAUCGAAUCGACUGACUUCGUUAACUUAUUAUGAUAUACUUUAAAUAUACACCCGACUGUCCUCCCGUCUUCAUGCAUAUAUAUAUAUAUAUAUAUAUAUAUUUAAAGUAAUUGUGCUGAUGUUCAAAGGAAUAUGUGAUGAAAAAAUGACCUACACUAGUGUAGAUAUAAAGUGUGAUCGUAGAUAGGGUUAGAUAGGUUAUACAAUAUGCCGUCUCAUUAAGCAAACAGAGUUAGUUAGGUCGUGAUUGUAAGGUUGUGGGGCGGGGAGGAAAAUACAAGCUAGAAUUACUCUAUCGCAAUAACAGAGGUAUAAAAUUAUUGAAUAACAUACUCGAAAGAAACGUCUUGGCUGUAAAAUGGAGGAUAUUACUUAUUAGGAGAUCAAUUCGGCAGUUUGUUGACACUGCGGCGCUAGUAGUCAUCAAAACAAAUAUGGCGCUGACAGCACGAAUGGUCCCAAUGCUCUGUUGAUUUUUCGUUGUGACAUGUACAAAUGGAGACUUAAUAGCCGAUUAUUAACUUACAUAGGUUAUGUUAAUUAUCAUAAUAUAUUUAUAUAUAUAGUACUCUAUUGUGGUUGCUUGUAAUCCAUCUCCUUUGCUGCUAACAAGUGUUUAGAACUUCCAGCUAUAUAUUGAUAUAGUUAUUUUUCAUAUAAAUAUAGAGAGCAUCGCAUCUAUUUCAUAAUAAGAUUAUAAUAGUUUUACUAAAGGCAGGACAAGUUUGUGCAAUUGACAGCGACAUGUACGGCACAGAGACUAGAGAGGAAGCGAAACAAUGCAAGUAUUAUAAUUGGUACUAAAGAGGUCUGGAGGCGACCGACAUGUUGUUGAUGAAGGUUUCCUUGUAAUAUUAGAAGUGCCCCAAAUAUGUAUAAGGCUAUCUAUUCACUUAUGUUUCUUCAUUAAUUAUAGAAAAUUUUAUUCAGAAUAUAUAUAUUUAUAUGACAGAUGAGUUAUUUGAGAUUAAAUACUAAGGUGAGAUAGAUGUUAAGGAUUCCGAAGUAUAUUUUCUUUGUUGAUAUAAUUUUAUUAUCGUCUGAAAGAUUCGUUGUUCACUUUGAGGACUUAUUUAUUACUUGGCAAGCGAUUCCAUGUAGGGACGAGGCGAGUCUCCGAUAUCGGCCAGUGUGUACAUACAGUGGCUAGAUUACUUUAACACAAACCGAGUGCAAUCAAUGAGAAAAUAUUACAUUUCGUUUGCAUUGAACAAUAAAAACAUUUAAAAAAGUUA